CUAUCGCUGGCCUGCUCACACCUGCGUGCGGGGGCGCAUUCGCGAGUCGCGUCAGUCGAAAAAAAAACUUUGAACGAUUUGGACGGGAAAACUCGGUUCGGCGGCUAUGCGGGUAUUUUUAAUCUAAGCCAUCAAUCCACAGCUACAGUGCAUCAAAUCGAUCGGAAAGUCGAGGCAAUAUUUCUGAAUAGUGUUUACAAAUCGCUGGCAUCGUAGUCGUUAAUUGCAAAAAGCUUCUCAAAUUAGAGUAAAUCGCGAUCAUAAGCAACCUAAAGUGUGAAACCAAAUGUUAGUCUAAGCCUAAAGUGUAAAACUAGUUUAAGACCUCAAAAAUAAAAGAAACCAAUACGUGCUAAAACCAGAAUUUAAACGCGUCUAAACCAAGCGCCUUUAAACACCAAACCUAGAAACCAAUUCAAAAGGAUAUUCAGCGAAUAAGUGAGAGAGAGAGCUCCAGUGAGAAGCUCUCUUUGGCCCAGAAGGAGCAACUAUUUCAUCCGCACCGUUGACCCGUAACUCGGCAAAAUAGCUAAGUCCAUUUUGCAGUUCCUCAAAAAGAAAAAGUCCCAUCAUAGUUCCACAUCCGGCGAGGGCAAGCUACAGGCGCAGUCCAGUUGCGAGGAGGAGGGCGGAGCGGCAGCGGGAGGAGCGGCAGCGGCAGCGGGACCUCCAGCGGACCAGGCAAGCAGCAGCAGCAGCGGCCCCUCGUCAGCAGCCGCCGCCCACAAGAGCACGCCCCCCGCCGCCACGACCACGCCCGGUUCCGGGGCGGAUUCAGGAGGAGCCAGCGGAGGAGGGGGAGGAGGACCUAGUAGCUCCGGCGACGAUCAGGCCCAAGUGUCGGCCAGCGCAACGUUCCGUUUGUCAUCGCUAACGGGCACCAUCUCCAAGAUGGGCAACAACGCCACCACGUCGAACAAGAAGGUCGAUGCCGCCGAGACGGUGAAGGAGUUCCUCGAGCAGGCCAAGGAGGAGUUCGAGGACAAGUGGCGACGCAAUCCGACCAACACCGCCGCCCUCGAUGACUUCGAACGGAUCAAGACCCUGGGCACCGGCUCCUUUGGCCGUGUCAUGAUCGUCCAGCACAAGCCCACGAAAGACUAUUAUGCCAUGAAGAUCCUUGACAAGCAGAAGGUGGUCAAGCUGAAGCAGGUGGAGCACACGCUGAACGAGAAGCGAAUCCUGCAGGCCAUCCAGUUCCCCUUCCUCGUCUCGCUGCGCUACCACUUCAAGGACAACUCCAACCUCUACAUGGUGCUGGAGUAUGUUCCCGGUGGCGAGAUGUUCUCCCACCUGCGCAAGGUGGGCCGCUUCUCGGAGCCGCACUCGCGCUUCUAUGCGGCGCAAAUCGUGCUGGCCUUCGAGUACCUGCACUACUUGGACCUCAUCUACCGUGAUCUGAAGCCGGAGAAUCUGCUGAUCGACUCGCAGGGCUACCUCAAGGUGACGGACUUCGGUUUCGCCAAGCGGGUCAAGGGCCGCACCUGGACGCUGUGCGGCACGCCCGAAUACCUGGCCCCGGAGAUCAUUCUGUCCAAGGGUUACAACAAGGCCGUCGACUGGUGGGCGUUGGGCGUACUCGUCUACGAAAUGGCCGCCGGCUAUCCGCCGUUCUUUGCGGAUCAGCCGAUCCAGAUCUACGAGAAGAUCGUCUCCGGCAAGGUGCGCUUCCCGUCGCACUUUGGCUCCGAUCUGAAGGACCUGCUGCGCAACCUGCUGCAGGUGGAUCUGACCAAGCGCUACGGCAAUCUGAAGGCGGGCGUCAAUGAUAUUAAGAACCAGAAGUGGUUCGCCUCCACCGACUGGAUUGCGAUCUUCCAAAAGAAAAUCGAGGCGCCGUUCAUUCCGCGGUGUAAGGGUCCCGGCGACACGAGCAAUUUCGAUGACUACGAGGAGGAGGCGCUGCGGAUCUCCAGCACCGAGAAGUGUGCCAAGGAGUUUGCUGAAUUCUAGAGGAGCUCUUCGCCAGUCAGCCCAAUCCCCUCGUUCUGCAGGCGUCUGCAACUGCAAUUGCAAUUGUAUCCGCUACUGCGAUUGUAUCUGCAACUGCUCCUGCUGUUGCCACCGCCGUGGCAUCGCGGACCACGUCCUCAUCGUCGUUGUCGUCGUCUUGUCUAUAUGUCUACUACUUACAACUACAACAACUGUAACAGCCCCACAACACAAAUCUACAGCCUCAUCUUCGUCUGCCUAUCUAUCCGCAUCUACUCCACAUCCACACUAUUGCCAGCAUUGGAUUUCUCACCACACACAACAAUUUACAUCAACCAUUUCCCUCCGUGUUCAAGUGGAACAGUUCGAAGACAGCCGGAACAAUCUUUUCAUCUAGUGUGUGAAGAAGAGUGGAAGGACUUGGAAGAAAUGGAAGAUUUGAAAUCCGGAUACCGAAACAAGAUAUAGAAACCGAUAAAAUAAUGACUUACACAUUAAUAUUCAUUCAUAACAUAUAGCGUAUUUAACCACGAGACUACAGAUAUUUAGUUGUAAACGUAGCUUAGUCUUAACUAAAGAAUACAAGAGGAACCGAUAAAGAACCAGCAACAGAAGCAAGUGCAAAGCGAAAGUGAAUGGAAGACACUGAAAUCAUUAGAGAAAAAUCAUAAGAGGAAAUCCAGGAGAAUUGUCAUCUAAACCAGGGCUAAAGAAUUUCAUUUCAUUUCGAUCGAUCGAAUGAUCCAGGUCGGUCGCUCAGUCAGCUGCAGAAACAACAAGUUGAGAGUAUAAAACGCUUUAAUAAUUUUUAAAUGAACUACAAAAGGUUAAAUGUAACACAAAAAUUAUGGCGCACACAGUGUGCUUGACAAAAAAAAAAAAACAAAAAAAAACCAAGCGCCAUCAGCAAGCAAACAAAGAAGGCAGGCAAAUAUUGCGAUUCAUUAAAGUUGUAAUUGAGAUUGAGUACGGAAGAAGAGCAGAAUCGAGUUUAAGGCCCUCAGAAUAACCAAAACGAAAACCGAAACCAAAAGCGAAAGCAAAAGUCGCCGCCAAAUGAGGACACUGCUCAUCCAGGUGACCAGUGAGUGAAAUCAGUCCACUGGAAGCUCUUUUGCCCCCCGCCUUCCCGCUAAGCGAGCUUCACAACAAGUAGCCCCGACAAAUUUGGCCUCUUACCUUACCGUAGACAUGUCUCUAGAUAUUUAUAUAUAUUCGCGUAUAUAAAUGUUGUACAAUCAGCGACGACGUGCAACAAUAAACCAACCGACCGCCCCGGAUCAAAAACCCCGGAUCAGUACAGAACCACAACCUAUAGCUGAAUCAGAGCAUUAUGCCCAUAACCCAUUUCAACAGUGGCACCUACAAGUAUGCGCACUCACUCAUGAAUAGUUGUCCAUCCACUCACUACUCGCAAGGUACCCACACCAACUACUCAAAACUCAGAAGUAUAAAACUAAAGCAAGUAAAAGUAACAGUAACAGUAACAAGAAACAUUUGAAACGCAGCAAGAAAUAUAUAAAGUAAAAAAGAAAUCUAAAUGUUUACAUUUAAGCAACAUAAGAAAAGAAAACAAAAAAUCAACUGAAAUUUGUGUGUAAAAAACGUAUAAAACUUAGCAUUAAUGAAACUAAAAGAGAAGCGGAUGCCGAGGAUGUCGACGGAGUCAUGUCUAUAUAUACA